ACGAGAGAACAGUCUAUGUAUAAAUUUCGAACAGAGUCGUGAGUUUAUAGAAAGAGAAAAAGAGAAAGAGAUAAGAACAGAGAGACAGAGAUAGAAAGAAAGAGAGAGAGAGAGAGAGAAAACAGCGUACGUAAUACGAAAUUCAACACGCGAUACAAGUUCAUAGAAAUUCAUUUCUGGGGAAGUUUUUGGGGAGUUUUCUGCGCUACAGAAGAGAAAGAAAGAGAUCGUCGAUAAAACGUGCUUAAGGAUCGCGUUUUCCCGCCAACGAACAAACGGUUCCCUUGUUUCGACGGGGAACAAGACUGGACAUUGAAAGAAGAGAGAGAGAGAAAGAGAAAGAGAGAUUUGUGGUUGUCUAAUUGAGGAUCGCGAAGUUACAAGGAUUAAAAGUUUUGAAAUUUAAAAGGAUUUGUUUAAAAUUGUUUUGUAUUCGAAGAGGAGUAAAAAAAAAUGGAACGCAAAGUCGUUAUUGUCAUCGUUACGCUCAUCACCACAAUCAUGUGGUACUCUACGGAAAGUGACAGCGCUGUGGUUAGAUCCUCCCAAGAAUUCUCCGAAGCAAUGGAAGAAAUGCUACGGAACACGGUAAUUAACAAGGUCAGAGAUUUACGCUCGACUGAUCUUGAAGAACGAAACGGGACACGACAUAUUUGUCAAGGCAACCCUUGUGGAUGGGCGAUCUAUACUAAGUUCACGCGACGCUUCGAAUAUUUCAUGAGAAACACAUGCGAGUGCCCAGAUUAUUCAUACAAGUGCGUACAUACGGAAGAUGAUUUAUCCGUAAGUGCAUACGUAUAUCGGUGUCGUCAAAACACGACGUCGAAUGAUACCGAGGCACCCACAGAAGACACGAAUUAGAAGACUUUUAUCCUUUUCUUCCUUUUUUUAUUUUUGUCCUUUUCUUUUUUUUUUUUUUAAAUCAAAGACGUCAAUAACACAAAACACAUUCAAUAAAUUUAACGAGUAAUAUUCCAUUAUAAAAGAAAGCCUUAUCCUUCGAGCUUUUUUUUGUAUCAAUUUAUUUUCACGGGACGAUCCAGACGAUUUAAAUGAGAGAACGUAAAGAAAAGAAAAAAAAAGAAAAAGGUAAAAAUAUAUAUAUUAGUGACACAUUGUCUUCCCUUAUUCUCAAUAAUUUUUCUGCCAUUUAUCAUAUUUCAAUACAAUAAUAUAAUAAUUAUAUAUAUAAAUAAAUAAAUAGAUAUAUAUAUAUAUAUAUAUAUAUAUAUAUAUAUAUAUAUAUAUAUAUUAUUCUUUGGUCAAAUAUGACCACCUUCUAAAAGUUAAAGUAAAAAAGAAUUAAUUUUAUACUUUUCGCAUAAUUUAUUAUUUGAAAUAUGUAUCAUUUCGAUGCGAUAUGCAACAGCAUCAACAGAAGAAAACAUUUCUUUCUAAUUCCUAAAUUGAAUUCAAUUGUAAGGUCACUUAAGAUCGUCCUUCGUUAGUCGGUUUUCAGCGCAUCCGAUAUAUGCGCACCCACAUACACACAUACACACACGUGUGUAUGUAUAUAUAUAUAUAUAUGUGUGUGUGUGUGUAUGUAUAUAAUUAAGUUAACAAUUUAGAAAUAUAGUUUUAAAACAGUUUGCUCGUAAUAAUUUACAAUCGAUUAAUUCUUUCUAAGUGGUAUAUAUAAAAAUAAUUAUUAAAAUAUUUUUAUUAAAAAGAGAAGAAGAAAGAGAAAAAGAGAGAUAGAGAGAGAGAGAGACCAAGUCAAGUAGAACACGUGAUUUAGGUACGACGCAUUGUUGAUUAUUACAUGCAAAUUAAUUAUAUUAGAAUAACAUAUAUAUAUAUAUAUAUAUAUAUAUAUAUGCAAAAAAUUAAUAUUUUUUUUAUCGAUUAUAUUUAUAAUCGGAAUUAAAAUUGUUAUUGAAAUAUUUAAUAUUCCAGAAAAUUAAUAAUAUCAAAAUUAAGGAAACAUUAUAUUUAAAAAUAUAAGCAAUAUUAUGAUAACGCGUUACACAAAAUCUUAUACAUGUAGUGUAAUAAUUACAUAAGUUAUGAAUACCUGUACAUACACAAGUAGUACAGUUGUCACAACGUUUUCAACAAUGUGUCAACAUAUCUAAUCAUACCAACAGAAUCAAAAAUAUCGUAUAAGUAACAAGAUUAACUUUUUGAUGUAUUUACAAUUUUCUUUUUUCUUUUCAUUCUUUUUCUUUUUUUUUGUUUUACAAUAAGGUCCCACGCGAAUCCUUUCCAAAGUUAUUAAUAACGUUGUACUUAAUGGAAAUGGGAUCGUGAUUGAAAAAAUAGCUAUAGUAAUUUGUGUGGUAGUAUUACGAAAAAUAUUGAAUAAUUUUUUGUCGUCUCAUCUUAUCGACUAUUCGAGAGAGAGAGAGAGAGAGAGAGAGAGAGAGAGAGAGAGAGAGAGAGAGAAAAGCAAAAACUCUCUGUAAAAUAAUACGAGCAAUUAAUGUUUAAGUAUAUCAUAGAUUUAAACAUUUGAAAUAAUUAAGAGAGAUAAAUCUAUGUGAAGAAGAAAAAACAAAAAAUCAUUAGCCUCAUAUAAAUUAUAUAUCAAUAAAUUAUAUACCAACAAUAAAAGAAAGAAAGAAGGCCAAAACAAAAAUGAAGUUAACAUCGUUCGAAAAUUAUGAUCUCCGUUAUUUCGCGAAAUCGAUUAUAUAUGUAUAUAUAUAACAAUUUACACGCAAAUUGCUAAUAAUAAUAAUAAUAAAUAAUAAUUAAGUAAAAAUGUUGUUAAAAAAGUGUAAGAGAAAGCAAAACAGAAAAAAAGAAAGAACAUCUUUUAUGUUUAAUUAUUACAUCGAAAUAUUCAGAAAAGAAAAUGGUAAUCAUUUUUUGACAGAGGCUCUAAUUAAACGUAUUCGUAAUGCAGUAUUUCAAAUAACUUUUAUGUGUAAUAUACAAAGAUAACAAAACAAACAAAAAAUAAGUUAAAAGAUAAAAGUACAAAACCAAUUGUAUUGUACAAUUAUUAUAUAAUUAAUAUUAUCGACCUCCACCUUUACGAGCCCUACCUCCCUAUCUUCCUUCCUCGCCCUUUAUUAGCCCCGAAUAUGAUACGAUUUUUAAUAAAACGAGUAAGUUUAUUCAUAAAA